AUGACAGAUACUCCAACUGAAGGGGCUUCAUAUUCAGAGCAAAUAUUGGAAUCUGCAAGAAGAAAUAAUACAGAAUUGUUACUUUCCAUCAAAGUUGAGUUAAACAAUGAUCAAGAAAAGUUGGCAGAGUUGAUCAAUACCACCAAAGAAGUGAUAACUGACAAUACUCCUUUGCACCUAGCAUGUCAAUUGGGAAACUGGGAGUUUAUAGAUAUAGUAUUGGACAUAGAAGGCGUUGAGAUUGAUCCGCAAAACAGAGACGGAGAAACCCCAUUACAUUUGGCUGUAAAAUAUACAAACAACGAAGAGCCAGAACACGGAUACUUUAUUGUUGACAAUAUGCUAGACGCAGGCUCCGAUCCAAGAAUCAAAGACAAACACAACUUAAAGCCCAAAGAUUAUGUUUCCAGUGAUCACGAGAAAUUGAUUGAGUUGUUGGAGAGUGCAGAGUAUGCGAUUUCUAUGGAGCCAACUGAGGCUGAACAGUUGGCUGAGUUUGAAGAUGAAGGGUCUGCAUCAGACUCUGAUUAG